UUCCUGGAUUCCAAGCGCGCCACCCGAAAACUCCGCCGGAGGACGCUUUGGGCUCUCGAAGCAGGCGAAGGCCCCCAAAGCGGGCACAGCCGCGAGCAACGGCGGGAAGAAGCGUACAGGCGCCCGCCGGCUUGGUUCUCCCUCCUCUCCGCCAGAUGCCUUUUCCAACAGUUUCUCGGGCGGCGGGAGGGCCACGCCCCGGGGAAGAAGGCAGAGCUCGACGCUGCCCGAGGAGGAGGCUCGCUCGGCGAAGGAGAAGCGUCCCUUCCCGAGCCUGAGCCAGGCAUGGAACAACUUUGACGGGGCUUCCCGCGACGCGCCGGGACAAUGGGACGGGACAGGUUCCCGGGGACAGAUCAGAAGAAAUGGACAGUUAUACUUUUUGGUGGGAUGCUAUUAGCAACCAAAUUUACAUUUGGAGCAAUGGAAAAGACCUGCAACUGCAGCACAGAUAUCAGUUUCCAGAAAUUUAGGACUAAAUUAGCUCCUGAGAUAUGUUGUUUGAAUUUCACAAGGACUAAAAUCGAUACUUUGGACUGGAGCAUCUUUGCUGGAACUGUAGGGUUGAAAGAACUGCAUCUAUCAAACUGUGAUAUAUCACAUAUUAAGAACGUAAGUGUUGGUUCUUUUAGUCUGGAAAUUCUGUACUUGGACCAUAACAAAUUAAAUUGGCUUCCAGAUAAUUUCCUGAAACAUGCACCCAGCCUGCGUGUUAUUCACUUGGAGAACAAUCAACUCCAGAAUUUAUCUGAGUCAUUUCUGGAAACAUCUAACCACAUUCAAGAGAUCUACCUUGAUUUCAAUAACUUAUCUUCCCUUCCUUCUGGGAUUUUCAAACCUUCCCUUCUCACACUUGGCCUCUCUCACAACAGUUGGGAUUGCACUUGCAACUUUCUUGAACAUCUAGGAAAAUAUAUCCUUAGUUCAUUUGACAUUGUUUGUCACACCCCAGAACAUUACUAUGGCAUAAAUAUAAAAAACAUUUCCAAGGCAGAAUUGUGCCAGACUCAUAGACUCACAGCUCUGUUUAUUUGCUUACCUCUGGUUGCUGUUCUUGUCUUGGUCACCUGCUACUUUUGCAAACACAAAAAGAAGACAAAGAGAAAGACAGGCUAUGCUCUUCAUGAUAGAAAGGAAUGCCAGUUGGCUACAGUGGAGAAGAAUGGAACCAAUAGAUCAGAUGAUCAUCAAUGCUCUAUUCCACCUAUUAUGGAUGUUAAUUGCGCUGCAGGGAGUGAAAACAACUUGUUGAGAAACCAAAUUUUGCUUAAACCUUCAACUGCAUUGUUGGAGAGCAGCAGAGACCUUUAUGAGGAAGUGGAGAUUAAACUGGGGGCUUCUGAUGAUUCCUUGACAUGUAGAAAUCUUGACCAAGAAAAGUUGGGAACAACAAAACCAGUCACUGAAGAGGAAGAGACAAUAGAUGGGGAACCCGAAGCGGAGACAUUGAGUGUAACGGAUGUUCUGAGAGAUUCAGCAGACCGUGAGAGACUCUACAUGAACAAAUCAGUAGAUUAUUACAACCUUGUCCCCGGGAUUGAGUUGGAAGACUCAGAUCACAUGGAGAAUGAGAAUGUUAAUCUUUGCUGAGGCUGCUUGUCGGAAGAAUAGGAUUUUAUUGUACAUUAAAUUGAACUAUUGAUGUGGAGGAUCAACUAACUUAUAUAUAAAAAUGAGACCAUAUCAUGGUUUUUUUCUAUUUUUCAGAACUAGACAGCUUUGAAAGGAACUUCCACUGUAAUUAAGCAUAGGAAAAAAAAGCAAUUUUAGAACAGUUUGAAAACUAAGUGGGCUAUCUAACUGAAGUUCCUUCCCAGCCCAGUUAUGCUAUGCCUUUUAACUACCUACUUCAUGGUUUUCAAAGUUAAUACUUCUCAUAAUUAAACAUUUCUUGAAAGGAAAGGCUUAAAAUAAAACCUUUCAAAACCUGAGGCUUGCCAACCCCAUAUGAAUAAGAAAGGGGAGGUCAUCUGGCACAAAAUGCUGUCAUUCCCUUUAAAAAACAACUUCCCAUUUCUUAAUUCACAGCUCUCAUAUUUUUAUAUUACUAUACCAAGAGCCACGGUGGCACAGUGGUUAGAAUGCAGUACUGCAGGCUACUUCUGCUGACUGCCGGCUGCCUACAAUUUGGCAGUUUGAAUCUCACCACCAGGCUCAAGGUUGACUCAGCCUUCCAUUCUUCUGAGGUCAGUAAAAUGAGGACCCAGAUUGUUGGGGACAAUAUGCUGACUCUGCAAACUGCUUAGAGAGGGCUGUAAAGCACUGUCAAGCUGUAUAUAAGUUAUUAUAUACUAUAUAUACUAUUUAUAUAAUAUAUUAUUUUAUAUAAAUAAUAUAUUAUAUAUUAUAUAAUAAUAUAUUAUUUAUAAUAUAUAAAAUUCUGCAUUAUUUUCUACAUGGCUUUUCCUUCAUGGUUUUUUCCAAGUCUACCUCCUGAAUUCUGACAUUCUGUAUCCUUGCAUAUGAGCUAGUCUCCAAUCAACCCUCCUACAUGUUUAGCUACAUCAGCCUUGUAUUGUCUCCAAUUUUUUAAUCACUCCUAUUUCAAAUUCCUGUCAGGUGGAGACACUGCCUCCUAGUGGAAAGGAUUUCAUAAACCCAUUCUCUUAAAUGAUUCUUUUGACUGUUAAAAUAUUUCAAACACUUCGCAUAUCCUAAUUUAAUUAACACAUUUUCUAACCUAUCCAAUAAUAACAGUAAUUUGCUUUCAUUUGUUUUGCUUUCACAGUGUCUGGGUACAUAUAGCUUGGCCUUGUGCAAAUUUCUGAAACAGUCUUCUUUUGGGCAACUUUCAUGAUAGAUCCAUCAGUUGAGUACUUAUGGAGAGAUUUCCAUAAGUUAAGUGAAGGCUAAUGGAACAAAAAUAGGUUGUUGGUACAAAUCACAUGUGAAAUAUCAUAUAUGUACUUUCAUGUGCAUUGUGUGGACGCCCUUUAUUUGUGGGGUCCUUGGUGCUCGUUGAGCUUGGUUGUUUAUUUGCAGACACUUCAUUACCAAACUAGGGUAACAUCAUGAGUACUAGUAGGGAACGGGGGUUUGCUCUCAUUUUAUAUACUACUACAGGGGUCUCAAACUUGCGGGCCACAGGCCAGAUGCAUCAGGAACUGGCCAUGCCCACCUCCGUUUUAGCGAAGGGGAAAAAAGUCACGUGAUGACAUUUCACUCCCUAUAGGUAUGAAACCUUUUAUUUUUCUGGCAGUUGGAAUAUUUGUGAAAUUAUACCAUCUGAAUCAUUUAGUAUUAUGUACUUCACUGCUAUUAGCACACUAAAAUGUAAGAUCUUUAUCACAGUUAAUUAUGCUUCAAAACUACAUUAUAUAGGAGUCACAUUUAUACAAGCGCUGUUGCUUUAUUACUACAUUUUCACAGCUAAACAAAUGUUAAGAACUGGUUCAAUCAAGCCAUUUACAGUUCAAAUUUAGGGAAAGUAAGAGGAAUGCUAUUUUUAUAAUUUUCUCAAUGCAUUCAAUAUUCACAAAAUGAGGCACACACUCUCACACACAAUAUCUUAGACUAAUGGGCCAAAAAAUGAAGAAAAUCUGAUUUUUAAAAAAUCUAAACUGUAAAAAAUAAUUUGAUACUGACAUUGCUUACUGUGAAGAGGGGGGGUAUGUGUGUGGUGUACGUAGAAUUGUAUGUGUGUAUACCUUUUGUACAAAACUGUUUUAUCUAUGUUAUUGUAACUUGUCUCAAAAAGAAUAAAAUAACAUUGCUAAAAAGGAAAAGCUAAUUUAAUACCAGAUUAAAUAUAUUAUUGUGGAAUAAAUGUUUUAGAAACUAAAGAAA